UUCGCCGUCGUCUUCAAAGGCAGGCACAAAGAGAAACCUGAGCUGGAAGUAGCUGUGAAAUGCAUUAACAAGAAGAACCUUGCAAAAUCUCAAACUCUGCUGGGCAAGGAAAUAAAAAUACUUAAGGAAUUGAAACACGAAAACAUCGUUGCCUUGUAUGACUUCCAGGAACUGGCAAACUCUGUCUACUUGGUUAUGGAGUACUGUAAUGGUGGUGACCUGGCAGACUAUCUUCACACCAUGCGGACACUUAGUGAAGACACCAUCAGGAUCUUUCUCCAGCAGAUAGCAGGUGCCAUGAAAAUGCUGCACAGCAAAGGCAUCAUCCAUCGGGACCUGAAACCGCAGAAUAUCCUCCUUUCCUACGCUGGAGGCAGGAAAUCAAAUCCCAACAACAUUCGCAUAAAGAUCGCUGACUUUGGGUUUGCCCGGUAUCUGCAGAAUAAUAUGAUGGCAGCAACAUUGUGUGGUUCACCAAUGUACAUGGCACCAGAAGUCAUUAUGUCUCAACACUACGAUGCCAAAGCUGACCUCUGGAGUAUAGGAACCAUCAUUUAUCAGUGUUUGACAGGAAAGGCUCCUUUUCAGGCCAGCAGCCCACAGGAUCUUCGUCUCUUCUAUGAGAAAAACAAGAUGCUGAUGCCAAACAUCCCCAGGGAGACAUCAAGCCACCUGAGGCAGCUGCUGCUGGGCCUUUUGCAGCGUAAUCAUAAGGACCGCAUGGACUUUGAUGAAUUUUUCCAUCACCCGUUCUUGGAUGCAAGUGCCUCUAUGAAAAAAUCUGCUUCCGUGCCAAUGCCUUCUUACCCCAGUUCAGGCUCCGGCAGUUCCUCUAGCAGCUCUUCUACUUCCCACCUGGCAUCACCUCCCCAGUCCCUUGGAGAGAUGCAGCAGCAGCUGCAGGAGAAGGCGCUGGCAUCUCCUACCCAGGAUUCCCCCGGCUUUCUGCAUGGAUCUAAGGACUCUGCUGGAAGCAGCAGUAAGAAUUCGUCCUGUGACACAGAUGACUUCGUUAUGGUCCCAGCACAGUUCUCAAGUGACUUAACUGUUGAGGCUGCAGGGGGGAAACCAAUCCAAGACAGCCUGAUGUACAGCGGGAGUUCUCUGGUGACUUCAGCAGGCUUGGAAAGCCAGGGAAGGACACCAUCUCCUUCACCCCCAUACAGCAGUUCUCCUAGCCCGUCCAGCCGGCCAGGUCAGUUUUCUAGCAGCAAGUACGGACACUCCGUGCCCAUUCCGGUCCCAACGCAAAUUCAUAACUACCGGCGGAUUGAGCAGAACCUGCAGUCUCCCAAUCAAUACGCCUCUCCGCGGUCUGGUACGGUCCGGAGGUCUAGCAGUACAAGUCCUCUUGGUUUUCCGAAAACUGGUGCUUCCCCUCCUUAUCCUGGAGAGCAUGGACCUGUGCCCAGCUCUAGAAAGCUCUCCUUUGGUGGUGCCAAGCCGUUUAUGCCAUCACCGCAAGUCGGAACAAUCCCAGAGCAGCCCAGCCAGACUGUUAUCCCCUCUUCUCUUGGAGCAGAAGUGAGAAGCCGGGUCCCUGUUGCCGGUUCCUCGGCCGAACACUCUCCUCGAGGGAUGGGCUCCCGGCUCCACAGCGCUCCCAACCUGUCGGAUUUGCAUUCAAUAACCAAGCAGCACUCUGAUCCUCUCGUUGCUCACUUCGGUCAUAGCCCAGUCAGCCAGCCUCUGCAGAUUCAUGGCUUGCAGCACUGCCGGCAGCUCAGAUCCUCACCAAAGCUGUCUGAAUUCAUGCAGAGAAGCCCUUUGCCAACUAUAAUGGGCUCCCCCACAAAGGCUGUGUCCCCGUUUGAGUUUCCCAAAACCCCAAGUUCCCAGAAUCUCCUCACCCUCUUGGCCCAUCAGGGGGUCAUGAUGGCUCCAACACGGAACAAGACCUUGCCAGAUCUGAAGGAGAUGGGUCAUUUCCACUGCCAGCAAACUGGCUUGGGAUUGAGGCCUGUGGAAGAGAUGAAGGGCAGAUCUCUGAGCACAGGCAGGCUCACUGACCUGCUUCUGAAGGCAGCCUUUGGGGCACAGAUCUCAGAAGCUGGCAGCAAUGACAGCCUGAACAACGAGAAGCCAAUGGAAAUUGCAGCUCCCUCAGGUGCUUACGGAGGGACCCUGCACUCUGGUGCCCGGGCUGGGGGCUCUGCCAGCCCAUCCCCAGUGAUUUUUACUGUCGGAUCCCCUCCCAGUGGAACAACCCCCCCACAGACCACGAGGACCAGGAUGUUUUCAGUGGGGUCUUCCAGCUCUCUCAGUUCUGGAGGCUCAUUCACCGGCAGGCACUUGGCAGUGGGAACUGGCGGGGAUGCUGUGGAAGGCCCCUCAAAUCUCCGGUACGCUUUUGCUGAUCCCAUCACAGCCAACCUGGAAGGUGCUGUUACGUUUGAGGCACCAGAGUUGCCCGAAGAGACGCUCAUGGAGCAAGAGCACACCGACAUCCUGCGCAGCCUCCGCUUCACACUGGCCUUUGUCCACUACGUGAUGGAAAUUGCCGCCCUGAAGGGCAGCUCCGGCGAGAUGAGCAGUUCAGUGACAUCGGAGUACCAGCUCCAGGAGAGCGUGGUGGCCGACCAGAUCAGCCUCCUCAGCCGGGAGUGGAGCUAUGCAGAGCAGCUCGUGCUGUAUCUGAAAGUAGCGGAGCUUCUGUCCUCGGGGCUGCAGAUGGCCAUAGAGCAGAUCAAAGCUGGCAAGCUGUGCCUCUCCUCCACCGUCAAGCAAGUUGUGAAGAAGCUGAAUGAACUUUAUAAAUCCAGUGUAUCAUCCUGCCACUGCCUCAACAUGAGACUCCAGAGGUUCUUCUUGGACAAACAGAAACUCAUGGAUCGGAUCAACAGCAUCACCGCAGAGAAGCUCAUCUUCAGCUAUGCUGUGCAAAUGGUGCAGUCUGCAGCCCUGGAUGAGAUGUUCCACCACAGAGAGGACUGCGCCCAGAGGUACCACAAGGCUCUGCUGCUGAUGGAGGGGCUCCUGAACAUCAUCACUGAACAGGGGGACAUAGAAAACAUCAAUAAAUGUAAACUGUGCAUCGAGCGCAGGCUGUCAGCUCUGCUGUCGGGGUUCUGCGCCUGAUUUCAGUGUUGUUCUUCGCGCACCUCGCCCCAGCUGAUCACUUUGUUUCCAACGGCCUGCUGCUGUGGUGGGAAACGAUUUUGGCGGCAGGAGACCUGGAGGAUGAACUGCUCGAUUUUUUUGUAUUUUGACCGUUUGGGAAGUUGUUCCACAGACUCGGAUUCCUCCGCGGGGAUGUGUGACUGCAGCAAGCACAAAUACUUCCCUGCCCAAAUGCUUGGGCACGUAGCUGAUGUGGAAAGGUUUCCCUCGUUGGCGGAGGGGAUGAAGGAUAGAAGUUUGCUUCUUCCCAGCACUUUGAAGGAUAAGACUGCUGCCUAUCCCUCUUGCUUAAGAACAGGGUAUUCCAGUGCUGUGUCCAUUGCAGGCAAUGGAUGUGCGGAAACUGCUGGCUUCAGUUCACGUUGGAGGGCGUCAUUCAGAAAUCACGGCCAGUUUGUGUACUUUUCCCUACCCAGCUGAGAGCCAGGCAUCUUCAAGCUUCCUGGCACCCCG